CGCACACUCGGGGGGAAGCCCCGAUCUGGGUGCCCCGGGCUGCGGCGAAUGCCAGGGCCUCACUAACUGGCUGGUUCUUGUCGCUCUCUUCAGCAAAUGGCGGAUGACGCCGGUGCUGCGGGAGGGCCCGGCCCCGGGGGCCCUGGAAUGGGAGGCCGCGGCGGCUUCCGCGGAGGCUUCGGCAGCGGCGUCCGGGGCCGGGGUCGUGGCCGUGGUCGCGGUCGUGGCCGAGGCCGCGGAGCUCGCGGAGGCACCGAGGACAAGGAGUGGAUCCCCGUCACCAAGCUGGGUCGUUUGGUCAAGGACAUGAAGAUCAAGUCCUUAGAGGAGAUCUAUUUGUUCUCUUUGCCCAUCAAGGAGUCUGAGAUAAUUGACUUCUUCUUGGGAGCAUCCCUCAAGGACGAGGUUUUGAAGAUUAUGCCGGUGCAAAAGCAGACCCGUGCUGGCCAGCGGACCAGGUUCAAGGCUUUUGUUGCCAUCGGGGAUUACAAUGGACAUGUCGGUCUGGGUGUUAAGUGCUCCAAGGAGGUAGCUACUGCCAUCCGUGGGGCCAUCAUCCUUGCCAAGCUCUCCAUCGUCCCCGUGCGGCGAGGCUACUGGAAUAAGAUCGGCAAGCCCCACACUGUCCCUUGCAAGGUGACGGGUCGCUGUGGCUCUGUGCUCGUGCGUCUCAUCCCUGCUCCCAGGGGCACUGGCAUCGUCUCAGCCCCUGUGCCCAAGAAGCUGCUGAUGAUGGCUGGUAUUGAUGACUGCUACACCUCUGCCAGGGGCUGCACUGCCACCCUGGGCAACUUCGGUAAGGCCACCUUUGAUGCCAUCUCUAAGACCUACAGCUAUCUCACCCCUGAUCUCUGGAAAGAGACCGUGUUCACCAAGUCUCCCUAUCAGUAUACUGAAUUCACUGACCAUCUUGUCAAGAACCACACUAGAGUCUCCGUACAGAGGACCCAGGCUCCAGCUGUGGCUACCACGUAGUUUUAUACAAGAAAA